AUGGCUGACAACCACGAUGCUGCUGUUGCGCCGCCCAAGAAGCACAAGGUCAACUUGGCUGAUGCUUCCGGCACCGAACACCGCGAUGAGGACGACACUGCAACGGCCAUUCUCAAGAAGAAGAAGAAGCCCAACCAGUUGCUCGUCACUGAUUCCGUGAACGAUGAUAACUCCAUCAUCAUGCUGUCGCCCACCACCAUGCACACCCUUCAGCUUUUCCGUGGAGAUGCCGUCCUAGUUCGCGGAAAGAAGCGGAAGGACACCGUGCUCAUCGUUCUGUCUGACGACGACCUCGAUGAGGGCAGUGCCCGCCUCACCCGUGUUGCUCGUCACAAUCUCCGCGUCAAGCACGGCGAUGUUGUGACCAUCCACCCUUGCCCAGACAUCAAAUAUGCGAAGCGCAUCGCGGUUCUGCCUAUCGCUGACACCGUGGAGGGCCUCACUGGUUCGCUGUUCGAUGUCUUCCUCGCCCCUUACUUCCGCGAGGCCUACAGACCCGUUCGCCAAGGCGACCUCUUCAUGGUAAGAGGUGGCAUGCGGCAAGUCGAGUUCAAGGUUGUUGAGGUGGAUCCCCCAGAGUACGGAAUAGUCGCCCAGGACACUGUCAUUCACUGUGAGGGCGACCCGAUUCAGCGGGACGAGGAGGAGAACAACCUGAAUGAGGUCGGCUACGAUGACAUUGGCGGUGUUCGCAAGCAGAUGGCCCAGAUCCGCGAAAUGGUCGAGCUUCCGCUGCGGCAUCCCCAGCUGUUCAAGUCUAUCGGCAUCAAGCCCCCUCGUGGUGUCUUGCUGUUCGGUCCUCCCGGUACCGGUAAAACUCUGAUGGCUCGUGCUGUUGCCAACGAGACCGGCGCCUUCUUCUUCCUCAUCAACGGUCCCGAGAUCAUGUCCAAGAUGGCGGGUGAGUCCGAAUCGAACUUGCGGAAAGCCUUUGAAGAGGCCGAGAAGAACUCUCCUGCCAUUAUCUUCAUCGACGAAAUCGAUUCGAUUGCACCCAAGCGCGACAAGACCAACGGCGAGGUCGAGCGCCGUGUCGUGUCGCAGCUGCUGACCCUCAUGGACGGCAUGAAGGCCCGUUCCAACGUCGUGGUCAUGGCCGCUACCAACCGGCCCAACUCCAUCGACCCCGCUCUGCGUCGUUUCGGCCGCUUUGAUCGCGAGGUGGAUAUCGGUAUUCCGGACCCGACUGGUCGCCUCGAGAUUCUUCAGAUCCACACGAAGAACAUGAAGCUCGGCGACGACGUCGACCUAGAGCAGAUCGCAUCGGAGACCCAUGGUUACGUCGGUUCCGAUUUGGCUGCCCUCUGCUCUGAGGCCGCGAUGCAGCAGAUUCGCGAGAAGAUGGAUCUCAUUGACCUUGACGAGGACACCAUCGAUGCCGAGGUGCUCGACUCUCUCGGCGUCACCAUGGACAACUUCCGCUUUGCCCUGGGUGUUUCCAACCCGUCUGCACUGCGCGAGGUUGCCGUCGUCGAGGUGCCCAACGUGCGCUGGGACGACAUUGGUGGUCUCGAUACAGUCAAGCAGGAGCUCAAAGAGAGCGUCCAGUACCCAGUCGACCACCCGGAGAAGUUCCUCAAGUUCGGCAUGUCCCCAUCCCGUGGUGUGCUUUUCUACGGACCACCCGGUACCGGUAAGACACUGUUGGCCAAGGCCGUCGCCAACGAGUGUGCUGCCAACUUCAUUUCCGUCAAGGGUCCUGAGCUUCUCAGUAUGUGGUUCGGCGAGUCUGAGAGCAACAUCCGUGACAUCUUCGACAAGGCCCGUGCCGCUGCUCCCUGUGUCGUGUUCCUGGACGAGCUGGAUUCCAUUGCCAAGGCCCGUGGCGGAUCUGUCGGCGAUGCUGGCGGUGCAUCCGACCGUGUUGUCAACCAGCUUCUGACAGAGAUGGAUGGUAUGACGUCCAAGAAGAACGUGUUCGUCAUCGGUGCUACGAACCGACCGGAGCAGCUAGACCCUGCUCUGUGCCGUCCGGGACGUCUCGACUCGCUCAUCUAUGUGCCCCUCCCAGAUGAGGCUGGCCGUCUGAGCAUCCUGAAGGCUCAGCUGCGGAAGACACCGACUUCUCCGGAUGUGGAUCUCGCAUACAUUGCGUCCAAGACGCAGGGCUUCACUGGCGCCGAUCUGGGCUUCAUCACCCAGAGGGCCGUCAAGCUGGCUAUCAAGGAGGCGAUCACCGCCGAUAUUGAGCGGACAAGGGCUGCCGAGGCUGCUGGCGAGGACGUCGAGAUGGACGACGAGGCGGAGGACCCAGUGCCGGAGCUGACUAAGCGUCACUUUGAAGAGGCCAUGCAGAUGGCCCGGCGGUCCGUUACUGACGUCGAAGUGCGUCGGUACGAGGCCUUCUCUCAGCAGAUGAAGAACACAGGCCCGGGCUCCUACUUCAAGUUCCCCGAAGGUGGUGUUGAUUCGGGUCCGAGCAACGCCGGAGGUGCUGUUCCGGAGGGAUUUGGUGAUGCAGGCCAGGAUGACGAUCUCUAUGAUUAG